AUGGUUUCUCUAUCCUUCUCAGUAACUUUGAUAUUUACUUGCUUAUUACUUUUCACUCGCCCGGUUUACUCCUGGAUCGCUACAGAGUACGUUGCAAUCAUUUUGACGACUCUAAGUGGCGGAACUCAAGUAUACACUGCGAUAUCCACUGCAGUUACUGUCACCGGUCCAGUAACACCAAUUUCGACAAGCAUAAGCACCCCAAGGCCAGAGGCAGGCGUCAAUCGCCCUACGAUCGUUUACCAGUAUAUCUCGGGUCCUAACCUACCCAUAGCCACUCGAAACUUUCUAGACGGACCCCCUACACCCACAUCAUCUAGCACGAUCACUGUUUCAUCUGCAUAUUUUGCUGAAGCCACGAUCACUCAAAAUCCAACAUGUCCACCCGGCGUUAGUUUCUCCUACACAUCUCAACUCCGAGUCUUCCCUCCAGAUAUCCUCACCCUCCCUCCCAACACCGUCCCAGUGACUUCAUCAACAGCCUAUAUGACCACAACCUUCUACACCAAUGCGGCAGGCGCCCCAACCGCCAGUAGUUCCUGGUCUCAAGCGGACUUUUUUGUAGCAAGUGGGAAUGUGGUGCCGGAAUUCGUAGGCGAAUUGUCUACGGUGCUGGCGAUGUGUCGGGAUCCGAGGGGAUGUUAUUUGGGAAGGGGAGAGGGGUGUACGAGAACGGGCGGGACGCAGGGGGUUACCGGGACGAAUGCCGGGCCUGCUGCUACCUCCAGCAGGUCUGGUGCUGUGAGGGUAAAGUUUGGAGGUUUGUGCUGGGGUUGGUCGGUCUCGGUAGGUGCGAUUAUGAUUGCUGUGAUGUGA